AUGCCAACUUCUGGUUUCAACCCAAACCGCCUUAAAGUACACCUGAAGUUAAGCGUUAACCGUCUAAAGUUAACGCAGCAAAAGAAAAAUGCUGUUGGGAAAGAGGCACGUAAAGAGAUUGCCGAGUUAUUAAAGAUUGGCAAAGUGGAAAGUGCGAAAAUACGGGUCGAAGGCAUCAUACGUGAAGACUUUAACUUGGAAGCAAUGGAAAUCUUGGAACUUUAUUGUGAACUAAUAUUGGCGCGAUUUGGUAUAAUUGAACAAAUGAAGCAAUGUGAUCCAGGAAUACAGGAAGCUGUUUAUACCUUGAUUUAUGCUGCACCGCGUUCUGAGAUUAAGGAAUUGAGUUCGGUACGUGAUCAACUAAUUUCAAAAUAUGGUAAAGAAUUUGCAAUGAACGCAAUUGAUAACAAGGAUAAUUGUGUGAAUGAUAGGGUUGUACAAAAUUUAAAAGUGCUCACGCCAGAUAGGUUUUUAGUUAAUCGUUACCUGGAAGAAAUUGCAAAAUCAUAUAAUGUAGAUUGGACUCCAGACCUAAGUGAUGAGGGAUUUUUAGGGUUGGAUUCUUUACUGAACUCAACAUCAUCUAACAACAAUGUUGACACAAUAAAUCCGACAACAUAUACCGCAUUGCCAGACUUUGACUUAUUAAUGGAGGACAUAAAUCCUCAGCUUCUCGAGUCAAACAAUAAUUCCGAGCAAAAUGAUGCAAAUGACGCACUUCUUCCAGAUGUUCCCUCAUUACCACCCUCCAUCAAAAAAUACAAUAAACUUGGGAAACCGCCAUCUCCUAUUCUUCCAGACUCUUCAAAUUCACACGCAACAAAUAGUGAUGAUAUAUCUACACCACCACCAUAUUCGGCUUCUCAAGAAACUCAUAAUCAAUCAUCAUCUUCCACAAAGUCCGGAAAAUCAAAUGAUGAGUUGCCAGAUUUUGAAGAGUUGACAAGGAGAUUUGAAGCUUUAAAAAAAAAAUAA